UAUAUUAAAACGAUAUUUAAAACAAUUUUAUUCUUUGCUGGAUUCAGCAAUAAAAGCUGAUUUUUGUGAAUUUACCUUGGAGAUGAUUCCUGAAAAUGCUUUCCUUUUCUGUGAUACUUUGGUUUUUAAAAAAGAUGGAAAUUAUGUUUAUAUAGUGAGUUCUUCAUCCUUAUCAAAUGAUAUACCUUGGAAAGACUUACAAAUCGUUAUUGAAUUUGAAGACGAUGUUAAUUCAUGCUGGAAAAGAAUAUGUCAGGAACUUCAAGUUCAACAUGCUUUUGUAAAAGUUGGUUCCCUUGCUCUUAAAACUCUUCAAGAAAUAAAGCAGUUAAAUUUAAUUCAAGAUGCAAAUAAGAAUAUAAUUUCUUUCAAGAGUUCCAUACUUUUGUUUGUAUCUGAUGCUGUCACUGCACAGAAUGAAAUUCUGUAUUCACUUGAAUCCAAGUCUGAUAUAAUAUUGUGUGAAAAAAGGUAUAAGAAGAUUUUGCCUCAUAUUUAUUUUGCUGAUGUGACAAUUGAUGAAAAAACAGCAGUAAUUUUGGUUGACCAAUCAGAAUUUUGUGAAAAUAAUACUCUGCAUAAUACAAUUAAUCGAGUUGAGCACUUACAUUUAAAAUAUGACGUUUGCUGGAUUAUUGUUAAGGAAUUUAAGCACAAUAUAGAUAUUAGUUUAAGAUGCAGAAUAAGAGAAAAUAUAAUGCUGUUUUCUUGUGCUAUUACAAACUUUUGCCAGAAAAUUGACUCUUACCAAGUGAAGAUUCUCUUUGCUUCAAAAACUACAGAUAUCGCUGAUUUCAUCAAGCAUAUUUCAUCAGUCGUAUAUAGAAAUAAAAAGAAUACUUUUGAUUAUAAGCCUUCUUCUCAAAGUGAAAUAACUGAAAAAGAAAUUUUCUUGGCUUCAUUCCCAUCACUGAAUCCAUACACGGUUUGUAUGAUGGUGUCUUCUACUACGAUUACUCAUUUAUUAAAUAUGAGUUGUUUUCAGUUGUGUCAGAAGUUUUUUACUGUACCUCAAAGAUUUUUAAAGUAUUUUUAUUCUACAGUUCACAAGACUUUCAGGUUGACUGAAAAUCCAGUUAAGGAAAACAUUUAUAAAUCUUUAAAAAAUCUCAAGAACAACCCUGGUAAUAUUGAAGGAAAAAAUGUUGUUUGGGAACCAAAUAGGGAUAAUACCGAAAUAAAUUUUUUAUCGUUGUCAUCAGGUAGUAAAUAUCAAAGUGUGCACUUUCCAGGUUGCAGUGAAAUUGAUAUUUUUAACUCAUUACAAGAAAGUUCUGAUUUUAAACCAAAUAAUAAAGUCACUUAUUUGAAUACUCAUGAAAAAACUCUUGAGGAAAUUGAUAGAGAUUAUUUGUCUCUGUCAUGCACAGUUGCCCCACAUAAUUUAAAUAUUGCCUUCCAAAAGUCUGAAAAUAAAAUCAAGGAUGAUUAUUAUAGCUAUAGUGAUGAUGAACAUCAUAGCUACAGUGACAAAAAAAAUUCUAGUUACGAAGAUGAAGAACAUAGAGAUGAAGAAAAUUGUAGAUAUAGGGAGGAAGAACUUUGUAGCUGCAGAGAUAAAGGAAAUUCUCUUCCAUGCACUUCCUCACAAUGUACCCAAAAUUCCAUUCUUGCUGAAUCUGUAACAGAAUUUCCUUUUGCUAAGACAAGAGAAGUUGCUGAUGUCAGAAACUGCACUGAUAAUAAUUUCAAUAUUUUUGAUGAUGCAGAGACUACCCCUCUAGAUAUUACGAAUAGUUCCAUUUUUAUUGACAAAUUUUGUAAAAGAGACAAGGAGAAUAAAAAUUUAGUUUCACCAAAAUUAGUGAACCAUUGUUUAACAGCUACUAAAAUUGGUCCUGAAACUGGAAGCUUUGAUAAUGAUAAAAUAACUUCACUUUCGCAAACUGAUGUAAAAAAGGUAUUAAAUCUGAAGCAAUUUUCGUAUAUGCCUAGGAAAAAGCUAAAAUCGGAAAAUAACAAUUCAGUUUCACCAAAAUUAAUGAGUUCCUUUAGCAAUACUAAAAUUAGCCCUAAAAAUGGAAGCUUUCAUAAUGAUGAAAUAACUUCACCUUCACAAACUAGUGCGAAAAAGGUAUUUAAUCAGAAGGAAUUUUUGUAUAUGCCUAGGAAAAAGCUAAAAUCAAGUGAUCAUGUAGCACCUAAAGAUCACAAUAUGCUUUCAUGCUCUCCUUCAUCACCUCUAGAGAAGUCUUUUCGUAUACAAAAAGGUGUUUUUUCUAAAACAGUAGAAAAGCAAGAUUUAGCAAAUCAUAUUUCAGUAAAGUCUGACAUUUCUGCAUUUGAUAACAGCUUAAAUGGGUUUGAAGUUUCAAAUAAUCCUGGAAUUUUAUUCAGUGGGCCUAUAAAGGACCUUACAAGAACAAAGCAUGAAUUUUGUAACACAGAAGUUUAUUCUGAAAAUGAUUUCUUCCAAUUAUCAGUGGCCGCCAGUGAUGUCCCAGAUGUCUUGGUGGCAGCUAAGUCUGGAGAUAUGGCAGGUCAUGGCACCAUAUCAAAUCCACAUGGGCACAGUAGCAAGUGUUACAAGUAACCUAGCAUUCCUAUACUGAAAAACAGUUCCUCGUAAACUUUGUGAAAUGGCCUUACUGCUGGCUCUGCAACCAAAUAAAUUAGCAUAACAUUCAACUAUCAGUGUAACUAAGGAAAAAGAUCCAAGGAGUCUGCUUACUGUAUAUACACCCUAUAUCAUAAUUCCGGGUGCAGGCUCAGUUAUGACAUUUUCUUAUGAAGGCUUGUUCAUGGCUAUCGCCACAAUGAUUUACAGAUUAAUUUUCAACUGUCACUAUUUCUGAGAAAUGUUAAGACUCAUUGUUGAAAGGAAUGAUUUUCCAUUCUAACCUCCAUUGCCACAUAGAUGUGCAUUAUGAUAAUCUUUGAGAAUGGUGGUUUUAAAGGCAGAUAUUGUUUAAAUAAAUUAGACCUGGCACACAUUUUACAGAGGUUCUAAAAUAUCAUGUACGAUGUUCUUGGAAACUGAUGCAUUUUUGGCAUCUGUUACGUAUGCUGUCCAUUAAACUUUUGAGGAGAGCUAGGGAGAUUUUCUUCCCUUUUUCCUGAGUGUUAUUUUAAGUCCCUUACUGUUUGAUGUGGUUUCUGUGUUUGAGCAGUAUGUCUGUCUGGUGCAUCCCAAACAUGCCGUAUGAGAUUAGGUCAGUAGAAUAUGCAAGACAAGCCAUGCAUUCAAUAUCUUUCCCUAUUAGUGUGUUACCCACUUCAGUUGGUAUGUUCAGGUGUGCAUUCUCAUUUGUAAACAGAGUUUGGACCAAUUGCAACAUGAAAAAGACAGAUAUAACCCAGAAGAAUUAUGGUGUUUUCCACUGUGAUGUCAUUAUACCUCUGUCAAAGGUUUAAAGAGAAGUUCUGCCCCUUGCAUGAUAUCUGACCAUGCAAUUCCUCCUCAGCCAUAGCAAUCAAUUUCUUAGACAUUCUGAUGAUGAUAAUGAGUUCUUCUCUCUCUUCAUACUAAUUUGUGUCUAGGAUCACUGUUAAUAAAAUGGGAUUUCGUCAGAGGACAUUACUCUGCAGCUGACCCCAACAAAUAUGCUCCUUACACCAAAUGUAAUCUUUCCAGAUAAUGAUGUAGUAUGAAUAUUAUACUAUAUUCCAUAGUAGAAUGCAUGCAUAUAAACCAACAUUAUACCAAGAAAUAUUUUUGCAGAUAUGCGAGUGCUGAUAGCUUUGGCAGUGUCUGUGUCUAUCUAGCCAGUGCUAGUAUUUCAGUUCCUUUUUGCUUCUAGGGUGACAUAUCUAUCCUUUUUAGAUAUGAUGAUCCUUCCACAGCCUCCAACCUGCUUUUAUGCAGCACUUACACCUUUAGCAGCAUUCUUUAAAGCUGCGAUGGUAUAAAGGGCAUAAGUGGUUUAAGCCGAGCUGUGUUGCUAGGCAACCAGUCUAUGCUACAUCACAAAAUCUGGUUUAGGGCUCUUAGCAUAAAGUUCGAAGUUUCCAACUUUAUGCUGACUUAAGAUAAGCAUCAACUAAUAAGAGCGAACGCACGAAACCUGAAUGGGAAAACAGAGCGGGAAAGCUGUAGACACAUCCAAACACAUGUGCAAAUUUAGCUUCUGUAAUUCAGUGUGGCUUAGAUCCUGUGUCGCAGCUGUGAACGGAACUCUUGCAUAAGAUAAUGCUCUUUAACAUGCUUACUGCUGUGGCGACUUGAAUAACACUUUACACUGCUGUGAGCAAUCCAGCUACUUGGCCACAACUCUUAAGCUCUCAAAUGAUGUCUUACAGACAUUCUGCAGUCAAUACUUGCUGUUAAAUUUCAAAAUUCAUAGUAAUAUUUUCAGAAACUGAUAAUGUGAUUUUUCUUUCAAGAUUUUCUGCUUGCACUUAUGAAUAAAAAACAACUCCAGCUUUAACUAACACUUUUGCCAAAUUAUCAUGCUUUGUAAAAUGUGAUCAGGCUGUCUGAAUUAUUGUCACCAUAGGUGCAUGAUGCAUGAAAAUCAACUGAAAUGCCCCUUGAGGUAAGAAGUAUAAUGCUGAUAGAGGACGGUUAUCAAUUGUCACAUGAUGCUGCGGGAACAUGUAAAUAGUCUUAGAGGUAUUUUGAGCAGUUAUGAGUUUGAUUUCUAAAAAUACUGGAAAACUAUGAAAAUUAUCAAAGAAACUAAAAAUUAAAAUAAAGAAACAUUUUUGAUCAUAUUAAGCAGAUGCAUACACAAACACAAGUGUUCUGCCUUUUGCACAGAUAAGAGAUCCUGCUCUGCAAUAACCUUUAUAGUACCAAUUUUUUCUGUCAUUGUGCAGUUGAUGGAAAUAAAAUUUUCAUAAAUUAGUUGUUGGGCAAUGUAUUUAUCUCAACAGAUGUUUUUCUCUGGCCAUUGCUGGUUGUGAUCCUAAUCUGUUGUUCUUGCAACCACUGGAAUCAAUUAUACAUAUUGAACAGUGUCCUUAUAUAUUGUUCUAUCUUGAACAGUGUUGCUGGGCAAUUCUAUGUUGAACAUUUCAACUUAAUUGUAUAGCAAUUAAUAAGAGGGAUAAACUGACAUCUCUGAAUUUAGAGAUUCUGUUUUUCUCUGUUUGAGAUAAGUGAUGGUAACUAGCACAUUGACAAACUCAAGAUGUCUUGAUGUCAUUCCAUAAGACUUAAUCGAAUUUCUGAAAUCUUGUAUGGCAGAAAAAAUUAGAUUCAAUAAGGCUUUCAUAUAUCUAAACCUUUCUUACAAGUUGAGUAUUGUAGUUUAGUGCUUAAGAACAUGAUCAUUUGCAAGCCUUAGCUACACUAAAGAACUCCCAAAUCGCAUAAACUUAUUUUUGCUUCUUGGUAUUACAACUUCAAGAUGUAUUAAUCCUUCAUGUAUAAUAUUUGUAAUGAAGUACGAUACAUUCAUCUAUAAUGUUAAUCUUUGUUUAAUCACAAAUUGAUAUUUCUUUUAUGUUACAAUUUAUAAACUGCAAAGUUUGUAGAAGCUGGGGAAGAUGCAGGUUUGUAUUUUGCCUAAAAAUGAAGUAGACAAAUAAAUUUUAGAAUUAAUGCAUUCA